CAAUUUAAAGCUGGAAAGCGGUGAGUUUUAUUGCCUCCUGAGGGAAUCGCAAUCGCGGCCUUCACUACAUUUGCGCUGCUGCGCUGCCGGCCCAGCUGCUCCGUGCUCCCUUUCAGCGACGUUCUCGCAAAGUCUCUCGAACAACCAGCCGUGACUUUUCCAGCCACAGGUCCUACGUACCGUCCCGACAGCCGUCCCUCGUCGUCGUCGUAGCCAGUGACGGGUCGCGGCUGAGUGGAGAACGAAGAAAAGUGCGUGAUGUGCCUGUCACGAGCGCUGGAGCACUCUGUGUGUGGAAGUGAUUUCAACGCCGCGUUAGCCGCGUUCGCGGUGUGACGAUCGGCCGUUCAUGAGACGUUGCUGCGUACGUGUUCGUCCACUGCGAGGAAGCAACUCGCCUGCGCUUCCCGAAGCUCCGCGAUCCGCCGAAUGCUUCUGUGAGUGUCGACUCCGCGCGUGUCGGCCCUUGAUUUUCGGGUGCUUCGAACCGUCGUAUCUUGUUUUUCUCGAGUGAGCAGUGCCCGAAAGUCCUUCAAGUAUGACGCGAAAGUCGAGAACCGUCGCUCUAUGCUGCCUGGCGAACUUUGUGAACGCCGCCGAUCGCGUUCUCAUGCCGAUUGCCAUCGUACCCAUCAGCGAGCAGUACCACUGGAGUCUUCUCUCGCAGGGUUGGAUACUCAGCGCUUUUGCCGUCGGAUACAUCACUAGUCAGUUGGUGGGCUCGAGCGCACCCUCGCGCUACGGCGGCCGCACCGUCAUGGCGGGCGCCGUGCUGCUCUGGUCGGCAUCGACGCUCGUGACGCCCCUCGUGGCGUCGUCGCUGCCGCUGCUGCUGCUGUGCCGUGCACUGCUGGGCCUGGGCGAGGGCUUCGGGCUGCCCUGCAUGUUCCACGUGGUGGGACAGGCGGCGCCAGUGCCCGAGGAGCGGACUCGUGCCGUGGCCCGCGUGCUGGCUGCGGGCGCCGCGGGACAGACGGCUGCUGCGUUGGUGUGUCCACAUCUGGAGUGGCACCGAGCCUUUUACGUGCUCGGUGCGCUCGGAAUCGUGUGGACGGCCGCAUGGAUGUUGCUUCAUAGGGACGAGCCGGACGGACCCCAGUACAAGGAGCCCGCCAAGGGGAACGCAGUGUCGUCUCCACACUGGCUGGAGCUGAUCAGCCACUGGCCGUUGUGGGCCAUCUACAUCGCCCACUUCGCCAUGAACUGGUCCAGCUACACCAUCAUGCAGUGGCUUCCCACGUACCUCGUACGCGCCCUGUCUGCCGGGCCGGGCCACCUCAGCCUGGCGGCGCUGCCGUACGUCUGCAACUCAUUGUGCGGCUUGCUGACGGCCCGAGCAGCCGAGCUGGCUGGCCGCCAGUGGAGCGUCCUAGCUGUACGCCGGCUGGCCACCUCCUGCCUUGGCCUGCUGGGGCCCGGAAUAGGUCUGCUCGCAUUUGCAGCUGCGGGCAACCUGGCAUCGGCGCUGCUUAUCGUGUCGUGUGCCAUGGGCCUUCUGGCGUGCAACUCGGCGGGCCACCUGGCCAACCAUGCCGACGUGGCGCCGGCUCACGCAGCUCUUACGUUCGGCGUCAGCAACACACUGGCAACCAUUCCCGGAAUCCUGUGCGGGCCACUGACGGCAGAGCUCGUGACGCAGUCGCACGGUCGGUGGUUCCCGGUGUUUGUGCUCGCUGCUGCCGUCAACUUUGUCGGUGCCGUCGUCUACGGGAGCCAGAGCUCUGCAAUCCAAGUGUUGUGAUGGUGUGCCAACUGAGUUCUGCGCCAACCUGUCAUUUCGCCCUAGUCUCACAAGUGCAGCAGUCCGAAACGAACCUUUGUGGCCUGAUGAACUGAAUAUCGGGCGACUUGUGGACAGUCCAAAAUUAGGGACAGUGCUCGUCUUUUGAAAACUUUGGAUUCUCUACAACUACAAAUGCAGCACAGGUGUUUGUUAAUGCUUGCAACACCAAUGGAUAGAUGGUACUGUAUGCCCACAUUGAAGUCUUAAUAGAAAAAAAAAUAAGGUGCAAUGUUUGCAGCUGCCUUGACGACGAGUGCGUCCUACACAGUGCGUGUAUAUUUGGUAGCUUGAAUGCUAUGACGGGGACAACUUUGUUGGGCACUGUGCAGCAUUCCCUGUGGUGGGUCCGGCUUGAAGGGUAGUACGAGGCUUUAGGCUUUCGUUGUAUUUGUUGCACAUAUAAACGCAGAAGGGCUAUACGGUGAUUGUCAUUUUUUGACUGGCUGUAUUUCUACCCUGCUCGUAUUGUGCUAUAGGCGUGCAAUUCCAAUUUGAUAAUGUGAAAACCCAUAAAUGAAUAGUAAAGGAUUGUUCAGCGAUGA